GCAACUUCUCACCAUUGCUUCCACCUAACCAGCCAUGCAUCCACAGCGUCCUCUUCCCCAAGCCAUGCCUAUCCCCUCCUCCUCCUCACUGGGACAGCACCUCCGGGAUGUGGCGGUGGGUCUGGGGAGAAACAAGAACUUCUUUGGAGGAAACUUCGCCUACAGUUUCAUCCAGACAGUUAAGGAGUGCCUGUAUUUCCUCCUGUGCUGCUGGUGCAUUAAAGAGAUUCUGGACUGACAGGCGGCAGGAGAGGAGGCCCCGUGGAGACCGUUCAUUUCCCAGGGCCUAGUUGAUGGUCAUCUUGUUUUUCAGGAAACACAUUGAAGGGAUGAUGAUUGUACAAGAAAACACUUUCAUUAAAUAAAGGAACUAUAUGAUGUAUUGAUUGACUACAUUUUGUUUGACUUAUUAUUAGAAGAAAUAUGAAACAGUUCGCGACCGAAAAA